AUGGAACAUCGAUCAGGUGCUGUCAUUGAUAUUUUCAGUACUGUUACCGACAACGGAGGCCAUCGAGAUGGCGUCGACCCAAAGCCGAAGAAAAAGCGAAGUCCAAUGCACAUCCUUAGGGUGGCAAAUUAUAUGCUCUCUCUAAAAUCUGAAAAAUCAAAAACUGCCAACACCGAUACUGUCUCAAAGUGGAAGAAACUCUUGUCUUCCAUGCGCCCUUUGCACAUUAACAGCAACCAAUCAGCCCAACGUAGCACUGGGGACAGGGUAACGAUGGCACCUUUAACAUCCAAGGAGGUUGUCGAACAAUCAAAGGUUUAUGCACCUUCCGCAGCAUCCGAGGAAGUUGAACAAUUUGAGCUUUUUACCCCACCUUGGUCACCGGCCCCAAAAAGCACGGGAUCAUCGUCUGGUCAAACUAGCCAAUACGCAUCGGCCCAAAAUCUUCGAGAGCUUGAUGAUCAGAGCGAUGAAGAUGAUGAGGAUAGUUAUUAUGAUGAUAAAUUCGGGGACGAAAAGAUAGACAUGAAGGCUGAGGAGUUCAUUGCUAAAUUUUAUGGCCAAGUGAAGCUUCAACAUAAGAGUUGA